CCUCCGCAUCGACGCACGACUGCUUCCCUUUACAACCCAUCUCAUCUUCACCUUGGCCCAUCUGAGGUGUACUGGUCUCCCUUCAUCUACUUCUCCCCACUCUCGACCCGCCAUCCACCAUGGCGCGCAAUCAAGAGAAAGCCCAGUCUAUGCUCUACCGCUUCCGCGAGUCGCAAGCAGCAGAGCUCGGCAUCUCCCUCGGCCGAUCUAAAGACCAACGACGUCCCCGACUGGCGAGCUCAGUCAAAGACCUGCGGGAGUGUGAGAAAUGGAGGGGAGAUGUACUCAGGGAGAUUAGUAGGAAGGUCUCGAAGAUUCAGGAUUUCGGCUUGACGGACUAUGAAGUGCGGGAUAUCAAUGAUGAGAUCAACAAGCUGCUGCGGGAGAAGAAUCACUGGGAGAAUCAGAUCAUUGCACUUGGAGGGGCAAACUACAAGCGCGGCAUUCGGUCCAUGGUUGAUGAUGCAGGGAGGGAGAUUCCUGGUACAAGAGGGUACAAGUACUUCGGCCGAGCCAAAGAUCUCCCAGGCGUAAAGGAGCUCCUCUCCUCUUCCUCGUCCACCGCCAGAGCCCAAGAGCAAGAAUCCUACAAAGCCGAAAAGUAUCGUCGCUUUAUGAACCAGCCUCCAGCAUAUUGGGGUGACGAAGACGAAGAGGAUGGGGUCUUGUUGGCAGAAGAGGAGGAGAGGGAGAGGGAAAUGUGGCAGGAUGGAUUGGAGGAGGUGGCAGAGGCUCUUGGUGGCUCGGCCGACGCGGCUGGAUUGCCGAUGGAAUUGCCCAGACGGAAGGCUCGGAAUCUCAGGGAAGUCAUGGCCUCCUCGUCCAGCAGCAGCAGCAGCAGCAGCAGCAGCACUACGGCUCCAGCAAAGACAGACCCGACACAGGACCCAACAUCGUCGUCCUCAGCCGGUGCCGAUGCCCCUCUCACAGAGGACGGGAAGCGCAAGAGUUCCACCGCUGGGGAGGAAGAGGAAGACAACUCCAAGCGUCCUCGACCUCAGGAGGACCUUCUAGCACAGAUCCUCCCCGCUCUGGACGCCUCGCAGCUCUCCCAACCAGUGGUGCCCAAUCGACAGGAGACGGAGAAGUUUAUUCUACGCGAGAGGAAGAGGAUGUUGCGUGAGGAGUAUGUUGGAAAGUGAGUGAGUGCGUGAGGGGAGGGAGAAGGGAGAGUGGGGAAGCUGCACAGAGAGAGGUAUUAGAGGAGGGGAGAAGAGAGCAAUACCAAGAAGUUCAGGCGUCACUGCGUUUCGGUCGCAAUACUGCGGUAUGAGAAGUCUGCUAUUUAUCUAUCGAGCACUGCAAUCUGGAGCCCACGGUCCCCCCCGUUACGCUUGCUGCUCAUGAGCUGGCGGCUGCUACUGCUCUGCUGGCCACGAGUUCGUCGAACCUCUUGUCCAUCUCUGAGAGAGACGUCGAGAGUUGAUGAGGGGGUGCAGGGCUUGCAAG